AUGCCAGCCCGAUCCCUUGUCUGCACCUAUCCAGUCAGUGGACAAUAUGGUGCAUUCCCGCGAGUCCUCAACUACGUUUCCGUCAUCUUCGCAAUACUAGCCCGUCAUGCCGAAUGGCUCGUCACUGGGGCUUUGGCGUCUGUUAUGAUAUUUACCGCUACGGCUGUAGUCCACGCGAUGGUUAUUCUUGGCCAAAGCCUCGACCCGCCUGUGUUUGAUCUCGAUAUAUUGGCAAUCACCGCUUUGUUGCUGAGUAAUGUCCUCCUAUUUGGCCCCAUGAUGGACUUCUCCAGUACUGUGCGUAAAUCAGCGGCACGACCGAUUAUCGCCAUCUGGGGCAUAUGGGUCUGGUCCGGAUUGCUGAUAUGUAUUAUCGCCUGGUCGCGUUGUUUGGAUGGUCCAAACCCUUCACCCACCCACUCCUUGAUCCCUAGUUACAUCCCAAAGAGCUCUGAACUUCUCUGUGUGUCGACAAAUGGCACUGUCAGCAUUUUGCUCCAGACGAUAAGCCAACUCAACGAGCAGGUAAAAUUCAACUGCACAUAUGACUGCUUUGCAUAUGAUACUUCUCGCAUAAGAGGGCAGGAUGAGAUCUUGGUCGUUCCACAAGAUGCCAUCUAUAAUAACUGGUUUGGAGCACUAUGGGGCUUGUCACUCGCUGGUGUGAUAGGUGGUGCUGUGGGGUUACUUAUGAUCCAACUGGGUAAGAAGCCCUUUGGACAGCGUAUGACGGAGGCGAGAGAGCAGGAUGAGCGGGCCGAAUACUAUCUCGUUGGAGGCCGGGUCCCAAAAGGAGAGGAAUACUAUGCUAUUGGACAAUGGGCUCCAUUAGUUUCGGCAUUAUUCGCUGUGCUAGCCUCGCUGUUUGACCAUUUUGUUCUGGAGAAAUUCCGGAAAGUAUCUGAAGGGGCGACAACGCGUCAAAUUUCACCCUAUCUUCCGCCAUUGUCGAUUGAAGAUUUGGCGACCGAGCCACUUACAGCUCACUCUGGAGACGAUCAUCAGACUUAUCGUCGACAUCAUUCUUCCCCCAAGCUGGAGGAGCCCCUGAUCACCACCGAAGGCCUUUUACACCUCACAUUCGACAAAACCAAGGUCUCGAGCGAGCGGGGCAUGAACGUUCACCCAAGCAGGUUCAACAAGCGCGAAACCCAGCAACUUCCCUCCAUAACGAGAUCCACUCAGUUUCAAAACCGGAUCAACAAGACCGAAGGGAAAACGCCUCCCUACUCGUUCAAGGUCACUUUGACUCUGAAGAUGGCACGUCUGCUUUGA